CUGCCAUUCAUUCCCAAGUGUUCUAUUCAGGCCGGUUCUCCACUUUCUCCGCCGGCUACAUCUACAUAUGUAAGAUGGUUAACGCUCCGUCAUAUUUAAGAGCAGUCAUUUGUGGCUCGUUCCCUCUGGACAGUCGCAAAAUGCAGAAUUCAACUGGCUUAGGAUAUACUACCCAUCCCUCUUUACAUCUCCGAGAUGCUCAUGAUGCUCACGUAGUGUUUGAGGCUGUUCGGCUUGGGCUACUCCCUCUUAUCAAACGUCGCCUCACUUCGGAAGAACGAGAUCAGCUUUGCUCAGGCAAUGUCUUUGUCUGGGAGGAGGCUGAGCACAAGGGCGGACUUGAGCGCUGGACUGACGGACGGCGAUGGUCCCAGAGUCGCAUGAAGGGCGAAUAUCUCUUCUAUGAAGAGAAAGUGGAAACAACCGAGGAAGAAAAACAGGCGAAAGCUGCUCGAAGGGCAAGUCGCAAUGCUGGCCACCCAGUUCCGAACGUUCCUACUAGACGUCAAGACCGUCCGGCUAAGCCCAACGGUCUUACGAAGCAGACCUACUCAACCCAAGUCUAUUUGUCCAGCCAACAGUCCCCUCGCAAAUGGCACAUUGUCGCAUACUUCUCGGGAACGGAUUAUACUCGUCUUCCGGUUAUUGAGAACUUUGAAUACCUUCGCCGUAUUCGUAUCCCCGACGGAAUUUUUUUCUCCGCGAAGGGGUUAGUCAAGAGAUCGGAGGCUAACCAUGCCGACGUUGAUGGUGACGACGACUAUUCAGCAGGCUCUAGUUUGUAUGGCGGUGACGAUUUCGCAGUCUCAAGUCCAAUGCAGCAAUCUGCACUGAAGGACUUCUACCCAGUCAAUAGUCCUACCUCAGGUCCGCAGUACGACCGUCGUACAAUGGACGAAAGGCACCCGUGGCCACCGUCCUCCUCUACUGUUCGAUCAACUCGAGCGAAUAGUCAUGAUUCCGCUACUCUUCCGAGGCUCUCCACUAUUGCGCCACUUGCUCCUUCAGAUCAUUUCUCCCUGCAUUCAUCCUCACCCGGCACUCUGUCUCGUGCUAAUCCGAUGGAUACUGCGGUUCGUCAUCUUCCGUCUGCGCAUGGCUCUGCAUCUCGUAGCUACCGGCCACUUUCUCCUGAAGAUCGUCGAGCCCUGAGCACGUUCAAAGUUGUGAUUUGAACUAG